AUGGAAUGUAUCAUUAUUAGCAAUUUAGGAACAGCAUCAUUGCUUGAUAAAGCAGGUUUGGCAAAUGAAGUUUUAUUUUUAAAAUUUUUAUGUGUAUCAUUAUCGAUAUUGGGACUUGCAACAUUGGGAACCAAUGUUCAAGUUAUCGAUAAAGGUCAAAUAGUAGAGAAAGAGAAUCAAACUAAACCAAUUCGAUUACAAGUGGUACCAUUACUUUAUAGUGGUGUUUUUUUGGUGUAUUCCCUCAACUACUUUGUAAAGAAUGGAUUGGUUAUCGCUGUAUGGUAG